UUUGUUGUCCUGUAAAACACUUUUCCAUGAUUAUGAAUGAGCAAAAACAGCUUUAUGUUUCAUAUUAAAAGCUAAGCACACGAGAUGAAUAUUUUAUAUGUUGGGUUUUAUUUUUAGCAUAAACAAUCUGCAAACGAAAUAAACAUUUGAAUCAGUUCCACCAACAUGUUUUCUCUAAAAUUGUGAUUUAAACUCUCUAAGUCACAUUUAAAAACCAUUUACAAAAUGAUAAUCAAGAUAUUUUGGUAGAUUUCUCCUUUUCUUUGGGUUUUGAAGUGUCUUUGUGACAGUGGGACUGAAAUGCUUUGUUCUGCUAUUAAAGUUGUUUUCGUGAAUUUCAAGAGUUGCUGGAGUCUUGACAGGGAAUUUCUUCCUUGUUCCUCGUGUGAAUCAUUCCAGUUACUCAGUGGUUUUCUCCUGUUUCUGCCAACUAUUUGCAAAGACUGCAGCUUUGUUCCUGCAUACAGUUACACCUGAUAGCUACAGACACGGUAAUCUUUCAAACAAAAGACGUUAUUAUGCACUGAGAUGCUGAGUUCUUUAUUGUUUGAGCAGAAGAGACAAAGUGGUUGAUGUUAAGUGAAGGUAAUGAGAUGAGAAGAUGUGUAAUUAUGACUGGUGGAGACACAACCACAGGAAAUACUGGUGACUAUAAAUCUUUGUCACACACUGACAACGUCUACAAGAAAGUUAAGCCACAACCGGGCAUUGAUAAAGAAGAUGGCUGCUCACAGAUAUACAUACAUUCAUAAAUAAUACUUAGUGCACAUCCUUGUUUUCACUUCACUCACUUUAUCUCUGAUCAUCAUCUUUCAGUCAAAUAAAUGUUCCUCAUGCCAGGUUUCUGUGUAAAGCCACAGACAAACAUUUUCAUUUCCGGGACAGUAAACAGUGAGAGGGCGCGGAUCACAUGCUGCCAAACCAUCAAUCCUCCUGGUUUCUAACAAACUCAGACUUUGUGUGGAGACACUUUCACAGUCAUCAUGUUCCUCUCUGUGGUUCUGCUGCUGCUGCUGCUGGUCAGCCAUUCAUACGCUGCACAUUUCUAUGGCGUCAUGAUGACCUACGACCCAAAGGAGGCUUACCUAAACGGAUCUACUUCUGUUGAGCUUCACUACAAAGUGAGCUAUGACCAAUGCAUAUACACUGACACUUGGUCUUGCACUGGAAACUGUGGGACUGAGACCCAGAUCCUUGGUUUAACCAAAGUUGAUGAAAUUAUUGGUGAAUGGUGCCAGAGAGAAGCAGUGACGUCUCGACAGCUGACAAGCAACUCUCCACUUACACUUCAAUUUGCAAGUGGAAACUGGCUAAGUAACAUACAGAAUAUCAUAAACUGGAAAGCUGUGACUAAUGUUGAACUAAGGAUCCGAUCUGACAUCAGCAAAGCCAACACAUCACCGCAGACAACCAUCCUCCCAGCUCUGAGAGUUCCUAUAAACUGUCAGAGAAACAUAAGCAUGUUGGCCUUUGACCCCGAUGGAGACGAUGUUAGAUGCAGAUUUGCCUCCCUUGCCUUGUCAGAGUGUGUCACCUGCACGACUCCAUCUGACCUCAGCAUCUCACCUUCCUCCUGUACUUUAUCGUUCAGCUCAUCUGCAAGCAGCAGCCAAGGUUCAUAUGUGGUCCAGAUGGUGAUGGAGGACUUUCCCCUGCAGAACAUCACUCUGACCCAAACCAGUGGUUCUCAGGUGCAGAGAACAAACAGUGAUGCCAUCAGCACAAUACCCAUCCAGUUCGUUUUAAAAGUGGAUGCUGCAGCACCGUCCUGCACAGAAGGUCAAUAUCUGCCCAGAUUCCUGAGUCCAACUCCAAACAACAGAGCUCAGCUCUACACACCAGCCAGUCAGAUACUGGUGAUCACCAUCAGCUCACAGGCAACUCAAGCCACAUCAACUGAGCUCCUGUACAGCGGGCCGCACAACGUAACUAAGAGUUCAUUGGGAUCAGGAAGCUUCACUCUGACGUGGAAACCAUCUGUGGCCGAAGAUGGAGAAAGUCACCCCAUCUGUUUUAUUGUCCAGGCAACUGUCUCCAGUUCUCGGUAUCAGUCUGAGCUUCGCUGUGUCAUUGUAACCGUUGGAAACAGUCCAUCAGCAACUGUAGCUAUACCUAUAGCAACUACAACUACCCAAUCACCAACUACAACUACCCAAUCACCAACUACAACUACCCAAUCACCAACUACAACUACCCAAUCCCCAACUACUACAACCGAAUCCCCAACUACUACAACCCAAUCCCCAACUACUACAACCCAAUCCCCAACUACAACUACCCAAUCACCAACUACUACAACCGAAUCCCCAACUACAACAACCGAAUCCCCAACUACUACAACCGAAUCCCCAACUACUACAACCCAAUCCCCAACUACAACUACCCAAUCCCCAACUACUACAACCCAAUCCCCAACUACAACUACCCAAUCCCCAACUACAACUACCCAAUCACCAACUACAACUACCCAAUCACCAACUACAACUACCCAAUCACCAACUACAACUACCCAAUCCCCAACUACUACAACCAAAUCCCCAACUACAACUACCCAAUCCCCAACUACAACUACCCAAUCACCAACUACUACAACCGAAUCCCCAACUACAACAACCGAAUCCCCAACUACUACAACCGAAUCCCCAACUACUACAACCCAAUCCCCAACUACAACUACCCAAUCCCCAACUACUACAACCCAAUCCCCAACUACAACUACCCAAUCCCCAACUACAACUACCCAAUCACCAACUACUACAACCCAAUCCCCAACUACAACUACCCAAUCACCAACUACUACAACCCAAUCCCCAACUACAACUACCCAAUCACCAACUACAACUACCCAAUCACCAACUACUACAACCCAAUCCCCAACUACUACAACCCAAUCCCCAACUACUACAACCCAACUCCCAACUAUGACAACCCAACUCCCAACUACUACAACCCAACUCCCAACUACAACUACCCCAACACCUACUACAACAACCCAGGAUCCAACUACAACAACAAAACCCCCAACUACGAUUACAGCUAAAGCAACACCCCCACCUACAAAUUCAACACCUGCUUCAGGGCCGUAUUAUGUUGUGGCUCUGAAUGGCAAGAUCUCCACCAGUUUGUCACUGGAAAAUGAUCAUGAGACCAUUGUGAAACAGAUUAAAGAUGAACUGGUCAGACGAGGACUGCCACCAACAAUGAUUGUUCGUCUUCUCAGGGUCGUGGCAACAAGUCGCUAAGGCCAAUCAUGUAUUUAAUACCUGGAUAUAACGAUACAACGUUCUCUGAAGUUUCAAGUCAUUUUGUUCCUUUUCUCUGUUUUUGUAUUUCCACAUUUCUUUAGGAAUUUAUAUUUUUUUUGCAAAAUAAACAUUUGUCAUUGCAUGUUAGAUUAGUUUAUGUAGAAAAUAUGUUUUAGAAAAGAAAAAUCUUGAUACAAAAAUCUCCAACAAAAAAAGUACAAACUGAGAUUAUGAAGUAGAAAUCUUUCUGUGAAGCAUCAAUGGUAACAGUUGCUCUGUUGCUCCACUAGAUGGCGACAGUGGAGCUGAAAAGGACAAAUGCAAUAAACUGUAAACCAACUAGAAAUGUUUAGAGAUUUGUAAAUAAUCUACUCUGUGACAGUCACUAUGGUUUCAGGUCAAGCAGAUAAAAAUCUCUGUCAUUAUUUAAUAGGAAUCUGAUAUAAUAGAUCAUUAUGAGUUGAAAAACAGGAAUGUUAUGUGUAGAAGCUUAAAUUCAGUUUUUGUUCAUUCAGACUUUAGGAUAAGUUAUGUUCAUAUUUCUUAUUAUAAUUUGUUUAUUUGGAUAAAAAUGAUAACUAGUUUGAUCUAUUGCAUAGUAAUUUACUAUAUUUGGAUACACUAAAGUCUUGAAAAUUUGCAUAUCUAAUUGGAAUUAAGGAUUUCAGGGUGUGGCUAUAGCCAGAGUCAGUUGGGCAGUUGGAUUGGAGCCACACAGUUUUUUGACCUCACUCUCUUUCCUUUUAAAUUUUCUUGUUUCUCUUUAUUUUUCGUGGAAAGGUCACCUUUGUACCGUUUUUAUUAUUAUAUCUGAAGUAAACCAUUCAACUAUA